AUGGCCCUCCCACCCCCUCCCGCACACCUGGGCGCCCCUCCCGCCCCUCCUGUGAGCGUGGCCUCGCGCAUCAACCGACUCUCGACACCGCUGCCGCUACGCCCGAGCUCGUUCCAGGCCGGCUUGCCCUCCGCCGGCGGAUCCCUCUCGUCGCCCUCGCUCCUCUCCCCGGCCUCGUCCCCCACCCUCGGCCGCAACCUCUCCUCUUCCGCCUCCGCCACCACCACACCCGGCACGCCGCCGCCGCCGCAUUCAGCGGCGCUGACGUCAUCAUCGUCGUCGGCCGCCGCCACGUCACCGCUGACGUCAUCAGUAGGCUACCGGCGCUCGGUCAUGGGCGGCAGCCCUCUGCACAGCUCGGGCGACACCGCACUGCUCUCAGGCCAGGCCGGCCGCACUGCGCGAUUCUCUUCGUCCGUGUCACUCCUCGGCAGCCCGUCGACACCGCCACCGGCCGGCGGCACUGACGACGGCCAAGGCAACAGCGGCAGCGGCAGUGGCAGCGCUUCGCCGGCUUCGGCGCUGUCGCCGACGUCGUCGCCGCGGAUGAGCAAGCGGAAGAGCAUGUUCGUCAAUCCGUUCUCGCGGUCGUCGUCAUCGUCGCCGCCGCCGCUGUCGCCCAAGUCCUCCGAUGCGCACCCGGUGACCGCCGCGUCGGCCUGUUCUCCGCUCGACUCGCCCAAGAACCGCAAGACCGUCGUCAUCACUCCCUCUUCUUCUUCUUCUUCUUCACCAUCUUCUCCUUCACCGUCAUCUUUCUCUUACGCGUCUUCAUCUUCUUCUUCAUCGCCAUAUUAUUCUUCCUCGUCGAUCAACUCCUACACGCCCGUCGCAUCGCCGUCGUCGUCGUCGGGCGUGACGACGCUCAAUCCGCUGACCGUCAAUUCGUCGGUGUCGCCGCGGAAGAACAACGUGCAGCUGCUCAACAUCACCGGCGGCGGGGGCGGCGGGGUGAUCAAGGAGAUGUCGGCCUCGCUGCUCAAGACCCUGCUGGGCGGCGACAACGCCAAGUACCCCGUCAUCCUCGACUUCUCCAAGGGCUACCUGCUCGCCAACGACUACUUUGUCGCUUCGUGUCCCGACAUCAUCAAAGAGAUCAAUCUCUCGCACAAUCAGAUCACCGAGUGCAACUCGCUCUCCCACCUGAGCAAGCUCAAGCACCUGUUCCUGGACAACAACAAGGUCUCCGACAUCUCCUUCGAGGGUCUGGUGAGCCUGAAGAUUCUGUCGCUGAUGGGGAACGAGCUCGAGUACCUGACCUCGAUGUCGGACCUCGACAAGCUCGAGCACCUCAACCUCUCCGGCAACAAGCUCACCGCGGGCUUCCACGAGCUGGCCAAGCUCAAGUCGCUCCUCUCCCUCAACCUCAGCAACAACAACUUCAACUUCACCCUCCGCAAAUUCUACAGCUUCCUCCUUUUGCCGUUGAAGAAGCACACGAAGCUGCAGUCGCUGGCCAUUGGGCGGGGCAACCCCGGCGCCAACAACAUUCCGAACUUCCGGCUGUGGGUCAUCCACGAGCUGCCCCAGCUCAAGAUCCUCGACGAGCGUCCCGUCGAGAAAUCCGAGGUGGAGGAGGCGGCAAAGCUCGAGGCCACGGGCCAGUGGGCCGACAAGGACGGCGAUCGGCUGGAGAAGAAGGGCAACUGGACCGCCCCCGCCGAGUCCACCACCCGCGUCGUGGCCUCCCACCUUAACAUCGGCACGGCGCCGGCGCCCGAGGAGCCCGCGGCGGCACAGCCGCGAGUGGUCAAGCGGGCCGACCACCUUAAUGUCGGCGGUGGCGGCGAUGCCGUCAGCGCCCCGGGUUCGCCAUCGAUGACCGACACUCCCAAGGUGGUCGUGCGACGGCCCGACCUCAACGUCACGAUCGGCGGCGACAGCAGCGAAGACGAAGGCAGCUCCCACGGCAGCGGGCGCAAGAAGAAGGAAAAGGAAAAGAAAGACAAAGGAAAGAAGGAAAAGAAGGGCAGCGGCAUCAAGACCACGACAGUGCUCGGCAAGAAGAGCAGCGGCAACGGCACCGUGCGCAGCCGGGCCGGAUCGGAGACCGACGAUCGAGACAAGUGGCCCACCGACCCCUCCAUCCUCGCCAAGAUCGCCAGCUCCCUCCCCGUGCCGGCCUCUGCCGCAGCCGCCGCCCAGGCUCGCCCUCCCUCCACCGACUUGACGCAGGGCGCGACCGCACAGCGCUUGUCGCAGCAGUUGACAGCCAGCCAGACCCAAUUCGUCGGCGGCGCGCAACAGCAGCACCAGCAGCCGAAGCAGGAGGAGGGCAGCGUCGAGACUCGCAUCGACUACCUGCGCUCGUUCUUCCUGCUCGACGAGCUCUCGCACACGCUGUGCCUUUUCGCGCAGGCGGCGGCGACGCCGGUGUGGGGCGCCACCGAGUUCCUGCACCUCAACAAUCAGCUCAAGCAGCUCGUGGUCCACACGAAGGUCAUGUACGAGCGCGUGCAGCAGUUCCUCGCCCGCUACCCGUUCGAGGAGAAGCGCAUCACCGACGCCACCGUCGUCGUCCAGAACAACAUUCGCGGCCUCGUCAUCUCCGUCAAGCAGCUCAACGAGGCCCAGGCACGCGGGGGUACGGUGGCGACGGCUAUCAGUGCGGCGAAGGAGCUGGCGCUGGCCCUGUUCCGGAUGUUCAACAUCGUCGAGGAGGGCGCGAUCCCCUCGACCGACGAGACCGCCGCCGACAUCCAGGAAUGCGCUCGGGGUGUGAUGAAGCUGAUUCAGAUCGCGACGGGCAUGUCGCGUGAGCUGCACAUCGACCAGUACUCCGAGCUCCUCCUGCAGCAAUCGGAGCGGUUGUCGCAUCAGUUGAACAUCAAGAUCCCGACGCUCCAGAACCCGGAGGUGCAGCGACGAGCGGCCGCGUCGACGGGCAGCAUCAACGGAAGCAUCACCAAGCUCAUCGCCCUCUCCAAGCAGUACCAGGCCGACCCCAGCCCGCUCCUCCUCCAGGAGAUCCGUCACACCGCGCAAACGAUUGCGACGGAGUUCCAAUCGAUCAAUUCGAUGGUGCACACGUCGCGGUUCGCGUCGCCGCUGUCGCCCUACGACGAGCGGGUGAUGUACGAGACCAGCCACCAGCUGCUGGUCGAGGAGAACAACUACGUCGGCAUCCACGAAGACGCCAUGCUCCCCAACGAACGCCAGGUCCUCGACCACAUGAAGACGAUGAUGCAAUUGGCGGGCGAGAUCAAGGCCGUGGUUUCGCUCAAGCCGGUCUCCACGCCGCACCUCAUGCAGCUGGUGUUGGACAUGUCGUCGGUGGGCGCGGCCACGUGCCACCAGCUCUACGUGACCGCGGCCAACUACGCCGACCGCGCCACUCGAGAACAGCUCGAGCGGUACGGGCGGGCCAUCCGGUACUACUCGUUCCUCGAACGCAUCGCCCUGUGCUCCCUCAUUCUCAACUUUGCUGCUCCCGACGUGCUGCACCUGUCGACGAGCAUGAAGGGCCAGGCCUUCUGUACAUCCAACGCCAUCAAGAUGAUCCUCCUCUCGGCCCUCACCCAGGCCCCGCAACUCUCCGGCCCCAAGCGACACUCGGGCGUCAACUUCGACGACCUCCUCUCCAUGCUCCAGUAA